CGAUAAUAACUGACACAAAUAACAUAUCUUGCCUUCUAACUACCAUUGUUUGCAUUGAUUGCUUUCUCGUUUGUUCUUAUUCUCAGGUUCAGUCCAUGCGAGUCACGCAUUUCUAUGUUUUAAUUUUCCUGUGUUUAUAUGAUCAGGAUGAUGAAAGUGCUGCGCACGAAACUCUGCCUAGUUCUCUCACUGCUUUGCUCUCUUCAUUUUCUGGUCCUGGGUUCCAAUGGCGGUGAGGAUUCAGUCCGCAGGUCUCAGUUCCCAGAAGGCUUCCUCUUUGGAACAAGCACUUCCUCUUACCAGGCACUCUUUUUCUUCUUCUCUCUGCCUUCAAAUGUCUCUCUCUCGAUUCUUUUCUUGUUACCGAAAUUCAUUUAUUUUUCUGUCAUUUACCAAGAUUGAAGGAGCAUAUCUGGAAGAUGGGAAGGGGCUCACCAAUUGGGAUGUUUUCAGUCAUAUGCCAGGAAACGUCAAACAUAACGAUAAUGGGGACGUAGCGGAUGAUCAUUAUCACCGCUAUUUGGAGGACAUUGAGUUGAUGUCUUCACUAGGGGUGAAUGCAUAUCGGUUUUCCAUUUCAUGGGCGAGGAUUCUUCCCAGAGGAAUGUGCGGCGAAGUUAAUGCAAAAGGGAUUAUGUUCUACAACAAGAUUAUAGACAAUCUACUUCUUAGAGGGAUAGAGCCAUUUGUGACAAUACAUCAUCAUGACAUGCCACAAGAACUGGAAGAAAAAUAUGGUGGUUGGCUCAGUCCUCUAAUAAAAUUUUGUCAUUUUGCCAAGAUCUGUUUCGAGAGCUUUGGGGAUAGGGUGAAGUACUGGACCACAAUCAAUGAGCCAAACCUGUUUAUAGAAAUGGCCUAUGUAAGGGGAACAUAUCCCCCAGCUCAUUGUUCACCUCCUUUUGGAAACUGUUCUGUGGGAAAUUCUGAUGCUGAGCCUCUCGCGGCCAUGCACAAUGCUUUGCUGUCACACGCUAUGACCGUUCACUUAUACCGCAAUCACUUUCAGGCUAAGCAAGGUGGAACUAUUGGGAUUGUUGCAAAUACCUUCAUGUAUGAACCUCUUAGAGACAAAGAAUGUGAUAGACUAGCUGUGAAUAGAGCCUUGGCUUUUGUAAUUGCCUGGGUGUUCGAUCCCCUAGUGUUUGGUGACUACCCUAUUGAGAUGCGCAACAUUCUUGGAAGCCAGCUGCCAAGGUUCUCUUCUGAGGAAAAGAGUCUCAUGAAAGGAAGCUUGGACUUCAUCGGCAUUAAUCACUACUCAACUCUCUAUGUAAAAGAUUGCUCCUCCUUUGCUUGUUCCCGUGGAGGGGACCAUGCAAUACGAGGCUUUUUGGAAACUACCGGUUUCAGAGAUGGCAUUCCAAUUGGUGAUUUGACAGGAAUGCCAAGGUUCUUUGUGGUUCCAAGAGGCAUGGAGAAGAUUGUAGACUACAUAAAGACAAGAUACCAUAAUAUGCCCAUGUUCAUUACUGAAAAUGGAUAUUCUACACCGCCAAAACAGGGUGCUGCAUUGCAUGAUUUUCUACAAGAUUUUGACCGAGUGAAGUUCCACAAAGCCUAUCUUGCCGCUUUGCUUAGAGCCAUAAGGAAAGGUGCAGAUGUAAGAGGAUAUUUCAUAUGGUCAUUGAUGGACAACUUCGAAUGGGUGGAUGGCUAUGGAACAAGAUUUGGGCUGUACCAUGUGGACCGACAGACGCUUGAGCGAAUCCCCAAGUUUUCUGUCAAAUGGUUUUCAAGUUUCCUCAAUUUCACUACCCUCACCCUCACUUUGGAAAAUGGACUUCAGCGAGCAGUAUCUUGAGGAACAAAUAUGAUGAUUACUGGCUGUGAAUGUCGUUGAUUAAUUGUGAAUGUAUUUCAAGAUCACGAAUUCCAUUUUAUCCUGUGGAAUUCGUGAUAUGCCUCUAUUUUAGCAUAUUAUGACUGCGCUGUACUAUCAGUCAAAUGAAUGAAAUAGCAUUUUUAUUUAUGUAAAA